CUCGCCUCCCCAGUCCCCACUGCUGCAGGGCUGCGUCGGUCGGAGGCUGGGGUCCGCGCUGAGCCCCCUGCGCUGGAGCGGAGUCGGGACGCACGCCCCGCUCGCCAUGCGGGAGAGGAGGAGUCCCCAGCCGGCUGUGGCCAGGUGUAAGCUCGUCCUGGUGGGGGACGUGCAGUGCGGGAAAACGGCCAUGCUGCAGGUGCUGGCGAAAGACUGCUACCCCGAGACCUACGUGCCCACGGUCUUCGAGAACUACACGGCCUGCCUGGAGACGGAGGAGCAGCGUGUGGAGCUGAGCCUCUGGGACACCUCGGGGUCCCCAUACUACGACAAUGUGCGCCCCCUCUGCUACAGUGACUCGGAUGCUGUCCUGCUCUGCUUCGAUGUGGGCCGUCCCGAGACCAUGGACAGUGCCCUGAAGAAGUGGAAGACGGAGAUCCUGGACUACUGCCCCAGCACCCGUGUGCUGCUGAUUGGCUGCAAGACAGAUCUGCGGACUGACCUGAGCACCCUGAUGGAGCUGUCCCACCAAAAGCAGGUGCCCAUCUCCUACGAGCAGGGCUGUGCAGUGGCCAAGCAGGUGGGAGCAGAGAACUACCUGGAGUGCUCAGCCUUCACAUCAGAGAAGAGCGUGCACAGCAUCUUCCGGACAGCAUCCACCAUCUGCCUGAGCAAGGCCAGCCUCCUGCCCCCCAAGAGCCCCGGGCGCAGCCUCUCCAAGAGACUCCUGCACCUGCCCAGCCGCUCCGAACUCAUUUCUUCCACCUUCAAGAAGGAGAAGGCUAAAAGCUGCUCUAUCAUGUGAAGGGGCCGGGCCUCAAGGCAGGGAUGGAAGGACCAAACCCCCAACUCUUGCCUCUGGAUGUUCUCGUGCCGAUGCUGUGGAGGGGCUGCCUGAAGGCCCAGGCCAGAUGGGGGGCAUAGGGGGUGACACCUUGGCCCACAGAGAGGCCUUCAGUUCCCAUCUGGCCUCACAUCCCUGGGAUCAUCCCUUCACCAUCCCAGUGCUUCACACGCAGACUUGGCACGUGUUCUCGGAGGAAGAGAUGGAGGCGGGGUGAUGAGAGGGCCCUCAGGCAUCUCACUGCAGAAGGACCUUGGCAAGCAGCUGCUCUCGACACCACCCCCUGCUCCCGGAGUCAGGAGGUCCCAUCAGCAGGACCCAUCCAUUUAGUUGAAUGCCCAUGGGAUGUCUGGCUGCGACCCAUCCCCUCCAUCUGCUGCUUGUCUCCAGAGCUGGCUGCUUCCAACCUUGCCAUUACCCGCCUCCCAGUGCGGGGGCAGCUCUGCCUUUGCCUGCAUCAGUGGGAAGGAGGCAACUGGUUUAUAGACUUUUGUCUUGGGGGGGCACAACUGUUCAAUGUUCAGUGUUAUUAAAAAGCUUAUUUAUUAUGGA